AUGGAAACGAAUGAAACCGUUUCUGAUAUUCUUCAACAAAUAACUCCUACAGUUGAUAAUACAACAAAUACUGAUAUGAUAACACAUACUGAUCGACAUUCCAUCCUAUCGAAUACCAAUGAUAUUAAUUAUGAUUCGCAAAUAAUAUGGUCAACGUCUAAUUUAAAUGAAAAAACAACCUUAAUCAAUAUUUCACAAAUUAAUACAGAUAUUGCACGUCCAUGGAAAAUACGUGCGCUUGUUUCGUGUGAAUAUCCAAAACGAACAUUUACUAAUUCAAAUGGUAUUGGAGAAGUAUCUAAUUGGGAUCUAACUGAUGAAACAGGAUCAAUAGCUAUGGUUGCUUUCAAUCUCAAUUGCCACAUGAUGAGUGGCAAAAUAAAAAAGAAUCAGGCUUAUGAAUUUACGAACUUAACUAUUCGUACUACAUCAAAUGCAUUUAAAACAUUGCCACACUUGUUUCAAUUAGUUUGUACAAGCUCAACACGUGUGCAAGAAAUUGAUUUGACUAUUAGUCCAAUACAACCAGUCUACAACUUAAUUCAUCUAAAAGAAGUGAACUCAAUAGAUUUAAAUUCAAUAGUUGAUGUACAAGUGCAAGUUUUACGAGAUUAUGGUGUUUCAACAGGUACUUUUAAUGAUUGUGUAUGGACCCGUAGAGAUUUACAUGUUGUUCAAGAUGGAAUACAUAUUAAGUUAUCAUUAUGGAACGAUCAAGCUCGCUUAGUAACUCGAAAUAUGGCUGGACUUUGCCUUAAAUUAAAAAAUGUAAAAGUUUCGUGGUUCGAUGGAUCACGUACACUUAGCACAAUGGCUAAUACUCAAUUAUUAAUUAUUUAA